ACAUAUUUAUAUAUUAAACAUGUUUCUUUAAUGUUUAUGAUUUUAGAAACAGAAAUAGUAUCAUGAGAUGCAAUGGACUGGGAAAAACUUGAUCUCAGUCCAAAGAUUAUUAAUGCUUUAAAAAGAGCCAGUGUUAGAUCAGCGAAGGAUCUUUUAAGUCUUUCAGUUCUUGAUGUACAGAAACUGCUCCAUCUGUCCAAGUCCGAAGUCCUGCAACUACAUACUGCAGUGUCCGCUGUUUACCGCACAGUACCACCUGUUACAGCUUUGCAGCUGACACGUGGAGAAUUUCCUUCCUUGGAGCCUGGACACAGACUUUCAUUUGCAUGUCCUGUUUUGGAUGGCCUGUUGCGUGGGGGUCUCCCACUGCAAGGAAUAACAGAAUUAGCAGGCGAGAGCGCUGCUGGAAAGACCCAGUUUGGUCUGCAGCUUUCACUGUCUGUUCAGUAUCCACGUGAGCACGGGGGACUCGGAUCAGGAGCUGUGUAUAUCUGCACGGAAGAUCCUUUUCCUAUCAAAAGGUUAAGGCAGCUAAUCAGUCAGCAGUCACGACUACGCCUGGAUGUCUCACCGGCUCUGAUUCGCAGCAUUCGAUUCAGUGACAACAUCUACAUUGAGCACACUGCUGACCUGGAAGCCCUGCAGACGUGCGUAUCUCAGCGUGUCCGUACACUGUUGGAACGAGGUCUGGUACGACUUGUGGUGCUCGACUCUGUGGCUGCUCUGUUUCGGAGUGAGUUUCAGGCUAACGAAGCUAUAAAGAGAGCGCGUCACCUGAUGGCCUUAUCUGCUGCACUCCAUCGGCUCAGCCAUGAAUACAAUGCACCUGUUUUCUGUAUUAACCAGGUAACAGAUGUUGUGGAUGGGCCAAAUCCGGGCCGUUGUGAUUAUGGGUUGGUAGGAAGUAAAGUCCUUCCUGCUAUGGGAAUUAUUUGGGCUAACCAGGUACUGGUUCGGCUCAUGCUGAGGAGACAGGAGGGCACCGUGAGAUCUGGGGAGCAGACUAGUGCCGCCCGAAAAUUAGAGGUGGUUUAUGCUCCUCAUCUGGCUCGAGCAAGUUGUCUGUGUGGAGUCUGGGAAGAAGGAGUUAAAGGAAUUCCUCAUGAAGAUCUCGCACAGCUUCAUUCAACAUCAUUCACCAAAGUGUCACAUACAAAUACAUAAACAUGCUUUUUAAAAUCUUGAUGUCACCAACAAGCCUGCAGAUCUCGGACUUCUAGCCCAUUGAACACCUUUGGGAAUAAUUGGAUUAGUGCCUAAAUGUUCUCAUUCAACUUCUUCUCAUCAGUGCUUCACAUUAAAAGUGAUUCUUUAAAAAGUUAAGUUAAAAAGGUUAUAGUCAU